AUGUCACUAGAGCAAAGCCACCCGUCCGAGCAGAAGUAGAAAGAGUCGCUUCAUGUCUCGCACAUGUCACAAGUUGUACACGGCGGACUCAAAGCCGAUUUACAGCGCGCGAACAAACCAAAAAUAAUGCAAUAAUAUUAUGCAAAGCGCCUAAAGUUGUGUAUUUCACUUGAACAGAGAUAUGUCGUCGAUUUGUUUGUCUUCGGCCGGACGAACCUGCGCUGACGGCGGACUGAGCGGAUAAACGGGACUGACUGACGGCUCGUCGCGGCGGUGAAUGAAGAAUCACCAGCCGUUCCCUUCCAAGCAAAACACGUCCGAACAUGGCUGACAGAACAGCGCCGAACUGUCAUCUGCGACUGGAGUGGGUUUACGGGUACCGGGGACACCAGUGCCGCAACAACCUGUACUACACGGCCGCCAAGGAGAUUGUCUACUUUGUCGCCGGCGUCGGAGUUGUGUACAACACACGGGAACACAAGCAGAAAUUUUAUUUGGGACACAACGAUGACAUAAUCAGUUUAGCCCUGCAUCCAGAGCGAGUGCUGGUGGCCACAGGACAAGUGGGAAAGGAGCCUUAUAUCUGCGUGUGGGAUUCCUACACUGCCCAGACAGUGUCUAUACUGAAGGACAUGCACACCCAUGGCAUUGCCUGUCUUGCCUUUAACUUGGAAGGACAGUGUUUGGUGUCUGUGGGCUUGGAUUCAAAGAACACAAUCUGUGUGUGGGACUGGAGACAGGGCAAAGUUCUGGCUGCCGCUCCUGGUCAUACAGACCGGAUAUUUGACAUAUCAUGGGACCUGUUUCAGCAAAGCAAGCUGGUGAGCUGCGGAGUCAAACAUAUCAAGUUCUGGAGUUUGUGUGGGAACGCUAUGACACCUAAGCGUGGUGUGUUUGGAAAGACCGGAGACCUUCAGACGAUCCUUUGUCUGGCCUGCGCGAGAGAUGAGAUCACAUAUUCUGGUGCCUUGAAUGGAGACAUCUACGUCUGGAAGGGAAUCAGUUUAAUCCGAACAGUUCAAGGAGCCCAUGGGUCAGGGAUUUUCAGCAUGAAUGCAUGUGAGGAAGGCUUUGCUACCGGAGGCAGAGAUGGAUGUGUCAGGCUGUGGGACCUGAACUUCAAACCCAUUACCGUCAUUGACCUCAGGGAAACAGACCAGGGAUAUAAGGUAGCUAGAGGUGAAAAUUCAAGAGGCCUGUCAGUGCGCAGCGUGUGCUGGAGAGGGGAUCAUAUUCUGGUGGGCACGCAGGACAGCGAGAUCUUUGAGGUGGUGGUGCACGAUCGCACCAAACCCCUUCUUAUCAUGCAGGGUCACUGUGAGGGGGAGCUGUGGGCACUGGCGGUUCAUCCAACCAAACCUCUCGCCAUAACCGGCAGUGACGAUCGCUCUGUUCGGAUCUGGAGUCUGGUGGAUCACGCUCUGAUAGCCCGCUGCAACAUGGAGGAACCCAUACGCUGUGCAGUCGUGAGCCCGGACGGUAUCCACCUCUCUCUGGGAAUGAAGGACGGAUCCUUUACAGUUCUGAGAGUCAGGGACAUGACGGAGGUGGUCCACAUAAAGGACCGUAAAGAGGCCAUCCAUGAACUAAAGUACUCCCCUGAUGGAUCGCACCUAGCCGUGGGCUCCAACGAUAACUCAGUGGACAUCUACAGCGCCGUGCAGCGCUACAAGAAGGUGGGCGAAUGUGUGGGCUCCAUCAGCUUCAUCACACACAUGGACUGGUCUACCGACAGCAAGUACCUACAGACAAAUGAUGGCAACGGCCGGCGGCUUUUCUACAGGAUGCCCAGUGGUAAAGAAGUGACUAACAGAGAAGAACUAAAGCUUUUCCAGUGGUCCUCAUGGACCUGUGUGCUCGGACCAGAGGUGAACGGGAUUUGGCCAAAGUACUCCGACAUCAACGACAUCAACUCUGUGGAUGCAAACUUCAGUAGUCAAGUUUUAGUUACCGCCGACGAUUACGGAUUAGUUAAAUUAUUUCGGUACCCAUGUGUAAGAAAAGGUGCAAAAUGUAAAAAAUAUGUAGGACACUCAGCGCACAUAACCAAUGUUAGAUGGUCACAUGAUUAUCAGUGGGUGAUUUCUAUUGGUGGAGCUGACCACUCAGUAUUUCAAUGGAAGUUUGUUCCUGAAAGAAAGUCAAAAGAAACUCAUCACAUAGCUCCUCAAGAGACAUUGAUAGAUUCACACAGCGAGGAAUCCGAUUCUGAUCAAUCGGACGUGCCUGAGAUGGACUCUGAAAUCGAACAGGAAACACAGCUCACGUACCGGCGACAGGUUUACAAAGAAGAUCUACCUCAGCUUAAAGAGCAGUGUAAAGAGAAGCAUCGUGCCAUGACCAUGAAGAAGAGAGAGAGAGCUCCAGCCAGUGGAUUGAGAUUGCACUUUAUCCAUGGUUACAGAGGUUAUGACUGCAGAAGUAAUCUCUUCUACACUCAGACUGGUGAGAUUGUGUAUCACGUGGCAGCUGUUGGAGUCGUGUACAACAGACAGCAGAACACACAGCGGUUUUACCUGGGCCAUGAUGAUGAAAUCCUUUGUCUGGCCAUCCACCCUGUCAAAGACUAUGUAGCCACAGGCCAGGUGGGCCGAGAUUCUUCUAUUCAUGUAUGGGAAACAGAGUCUUUGAAACCGUUGUCGGUUCUUAAAGGAUUCCACCAGUUUGGGGUCUGUGCCCUCGACUUUUCAGCGGACGGGAAGAGGCUGGCUUCUGUGGGUCUGGAUGACAAUCACACCAUCGUCCUUUGGGAAUGGAGAAAAGGAGAGAAGCUCUCUACUAUCAGGGGAAGUAAGGACAAGAUAUUCGUCAUUAAAAUCAAUACAUACAUGCCAGACAAACUCAUCACAGCUGGAGUUAAACACAUGAAGUUUUGGCAUAGAGCAGGAGGUGGACUGAUUGGGAAGAAGGGCAGCAUGGGAAAAACAGAGACCAUGAUGUGUGCUGUUUACGGCUGGACUGAAGAAAUGGUCUUCUCAGGGACUUGCGCUGGAGACAUCUGCAUCUGGAGAGACAUGUUCCUGGUGAAAACUGUCAAAGCUCACGACGGGCCUGUUUUCAGCAUGCACGCUCUAGAAAAGGGCUUUGUGACUGGUGGAAAAGAUGGAAUAGUGGCUCUGUGGGACGACACGUUCGAGAGAUGCCUCAAGACAUAUGCCAUCAAACGUUCGGUGCUGGCCCCAGGCUCCAAAGGUUUACUUUUGGAGGACAAUCCCUCCAUUCGUGCCAUAUCUUUGGGUCACGGGCAUAUCCUUGUAGGAACAAAGAACGGUGAGAUUCUAGAAGUGGACAAAAAUGGACCCAUCACUCUGCUGGUUCAGGGUCACAUGGAGGGCGAAGUGUGCGGUUUGGCCACUCACCCUCAUCUGCCGCUGUGUGCCACUGUGAGCGACGAUAAGACCCUGCGGAUAUGGGACCUCUCGCCCAGCCACUGCAUGCUCGCUGUACGCAAACUCAAGAAAGGAGGGCGAUGUUGCGGCUUCUCUCCGGAUGGCAAAGCUCUGGCUGUGGGCCUGAAUGAUGGCAGCUUCCUCAUCGUGAACGCAGACACGCUGGAAGACCUGGUGUCAUUUCAUCACCGCAAAGACAUCAUAACCGAAAUCUGCUUCUCUCCUGUCACAGGCAAAUAUUUGGCGGUGGCAUCAGCUGACAGUUUUGUGGACAUAUAUAACGUGAUGAGCAGCAAGAGGGUUGGCGUGUGCAAAGGCUCCAUGAACUACAUCACUCAUCUGGACUGGGACAAGAGAGGAAAGCUUUUGCAGGUCAACACAUCAGCGAAGGAGCAACUAUUUUUCGAGGCGCCUCGUGGGAAGAAGCAAACCAUUCCCUCCACAGAGGUGGAGAAGAUCGACUGGAGCACAUGGACGUGUGUGCUUGGAAGUUCCUGUGAGGGAAUCUGGCCUGUGGUCAGUGAAGUAACUGAAGUGACGUCCGCAUGUCUUAGCUAUGACAAGAAGUUGCUAGCCACUGGGGAUGACCUUGGAUAUGUCAAGAUCUUCAAGUACCCAGUCAAGGGCAAAUAUACAAAGUUCAAGCGGUACAUGGCUCACAGCACCCACGUGACCAACGUGCGCUGGUCACAUGAUGACUCUCUGCUAGCAUCUGUGGGCGGCUCUGACACCUGUCUGAUGAUCUGGAGCCAUGAGACCGAGAGCUGUCGAGAGGCCAGACAGUGUGACAGCGAGGAGUCGGACAUCGAGAGCGAAGAUGAUGGAGGGUACGACAGUGAUGUAACUCGAGAGAAUGAGAUCGUCUAUGUCAUCAAGGCCUUAUCCACAAAUUAUCGAGCUAUGACAGGGGUCAAGCCCCACUUACAACAGAAGGAGCCAUCGGUAGAUGAAAGGCAGGGCGUAGUCAGGGGCUCAAGACCCCCAGUAAGCAGGGCUCCACCAAUGCCAGAGAAACUUCAGACCAACAACGUGGGCAAGAAAAAGAGACCCAUUGAAGACCUGGUGCUUGAGCUGGUGUUCGGUUACCGAGGCAACGACUGCCGUAACAAUGUGCAUUACCUUAACGAGGGGGCGGAUAUCAUAUACCACACUGCCUCAGUAGGGGUCGUCCUAAACUUGACAACAGCAUGUCAGAGUUUCUAUUUAGAACACAGCGAUGAUAUUCUGUGCCUCACCAUAAAUCAGCACCCAAAGUUCCCCAACGUGGUGGCAACAGGCCAAGUAGGUGACACUGGUGAUAUGUCAGCCACGUCUCCUUCAAUCCACGUGUGGGAAGCCAUGAACAAACAGACUCUUUCGGUGCUUCGCUGUCAUCAUUCCCGCGGUGUCUGUUCCGUAAGCUUCAGUGCCACCGGUAAACUGCUGCUCUCCGUGGGUCUGGACCCUCAGCACACUCUUACUAUCUGGAAGUGGCAGGAAGGUGCCAAAGUAGCAAGUCGGGCCGGUCAUACUCAGAGAAUCUUUGUGGCUGAGUUCCGACCCGAUUCAGAUACUCAGUUCGUGUCAGUGGGGAUUAAACACGUGCGCUUCUGGACGCUGGCCGGCAGAGCUCUGCUUAGUAAGAAAGGAGUGCUCAGCUCCAUUGAGGACGCCCGCAUGCAAACCAUGCUCUCUGUAGCAUUUGGAGCUAAUAACUUGACAUUUACAGGUACCAUUAGUGGAGAUGUGUGUGUGUGGAAGGAACACAUUCUAGUGAGAAUCGUGGCCAAGGCUCACACCGGACCUGUGUUCACCAUGUACACCACAUUACGCGAUGGACUCAUUGUGACAGGAGGAAAGGAACGACCGUCUAAGGAGGGUGGUGCGCUGAAACUGUGGGAUCAGGAACUGAAACGUUGUAGAGCCUUCAGACUGGAGACAGGCCAGAUUAUAGACUGUGUGCGCUCUGUGUGCAGGGGCAAGGGCAAGAUUCUCGUGGGCACUCGGAACGCUGAAAUCAUUGAAGUUGGUGAGAAGAAUGCAGCUUGUAACAUCCUGGUGAACGGCCACAUGGAUGGUCCUAUCUGGGGUCUGGGAGCUCACCCCACCCGAGAUGUCUUCCUGUCUGCUGCGGAGGACGGCACCGUUCGCCUCUGGGACAUUUCAGAGAGGAAGAUGCUGAAUAAGGUGAACCUCGGCCAUCCUGCGCGCACGGUGAGCUACAGCCCUGAGGGCGACAUGGUGGCCAUUGGCAUGAAGAAUGGAGAGUUUAUUAUACUCCUUGUCACCUCGCUCAAAAUAUGGGGGAAGAAGAGAGAUCGGCGCUCUGCUAUCCAAGAUAUCAGAUUCAGUCCAGACUCCCGAUACCUGGCUGUGGGUUCUAGUGAAAAUGCUGUGGAUUUUUACGACCUCACAUUAGGACCGCAGCUCAACCGCAUCAACUGCUGCCGAGACAUCCCUAGUUUUGUCAUGCAGAUGGAUUUUUCUGCUGACAGCUGCUAUGUGCAGUUGUCCACUGGUGCUUAUAAACGUGUCGUCUAUGAGGUGCCUUCUGGGAAGCAAGUCACUGAGCAAGCCGUGAUAGACAGAAUUACCUGGGCCACAUGGACAAGUGUCCUGGGGGACGAGGUGGUUGGCAUCUGGUCUAGAAACAUUGAUAAAGCAGAUGUAACCUGUGCUUGUGUCUCUCACUCGGGCAUCAACAUUGUCACAGGGGAUGACUUUGGAAUGGUAAAGCUGUUCGACUUUCCCUGCCCCGAGAAAUUUGCCAAGCACAAACGUUUUCUGGGUCACUCUGCCCACAUCACCAACAUCCGCUUCACUAACGGGGAUCGUUUCGUGGUCAGUGCCGGAGGUGAUGAUAGAAGUCUGUUUGUGUGGCGAUGUGUCCAUGCUCCUCACUGAGGGAACACAACAAUCUCCUCCCUUCCUAAUGCCUCAAAAUUACCAUGUGCUCCGAAGACUAGUGAACAGAAUCAUGGAGUAAUUCCGCCGUUCAUGGAUCUUCGUGAGCUGCUGGGCCUGUUAUUACACAUAACUGAACUCAACCGUUCUUGAAUGACAGGUGUCACAUGACCCAAUGUGAAAGAUCCUGUCGGAUGUGUACGUGUUUACCCCACACCUUCAAAAAAAAAAAACAAUUACGCUACAAGUUGCAGAAAGUCUGUGUGUUUGUCUGUUCAUCCGUUUGAUUGAUUUAAAGAUUUUCUUCAAAGUGAAAAAGAAGUUGUAGCACGCUAAGUACGAUCAGCCUUAAACUACCGUGGAGUGUUUUUUGUUUUUUAAGGUGUGAUGGGUUCAUUUGGUAUUUUUUUGUUUUUAUAUGAUCAUUGUUUUGUGUUUGGUUUAACUGCUGGUUUCGUUUCUGGGUUCUUUUCAAAGAUUCAUAGAUCUCCUGUGGCCUUCUCCCUGAAUGUAACACUGACGUUAUAUUCUAGGAUGUCAGCAUGCCAAAGCAUUCUAUGCACUGUAUACUUGACCUGCUCACUGUGGUAGUCCAGUGGUCUUUUACAUGGUAAAAUCCCCAUGGUUGAACAAGGUACUCGAUCAUUAAACCUCAGUCUCCCUAAAACAGUAGAUAACACUCCUAACCUCAUAUGUAGCAAAUUUAGCUCGAAUAGCAACCUUGAGACAUGCGUGUGUGCUUGUUUGAAUAUAGGUAUGAACCGUAUGCUUUGCGUUUGAUGUCCUGAGAUCACAGAUUUAAAAAGAAAACGGUACUGCAAUUAUUCCCUCAGAAAAUGAAUGAGAGGUUGUUUCAAUGCUGUCUUAUUGUCAAUCAUUGUUCAUCUUGCUGCUGAAGCCUUUGUAACAUCACAUUUCAUUCUGAGUAGGAGUCAUUUUUUAUUCUUUUUUUUUUAAUCAGAUUUGAGUUUAUUUACCUGGAUUGUCUUGCCUCAGAAUAUAAAAGAUUUAUGCUUAAUGCAUAUUUUGUUUUUUUCUGGUUAUCAAUGUAAAUAUCAUUUGUAAAGACAUUUUUUUUGUAUAUUUUUGUGAAAUGUUUCUUAAAAGCCACCUUUAAUAAAAAAGAUAUACAUAUAUCACAUG